AUGGCAAGAAUUGUGAAACAAGUCAUUAUCAACAAAGGGGGGUGCUUUCAAAUGGAAGCACCGUGUGUUAACCACCCCCGUGCCCUGCGCCAGAAGGACAAGAAGGCCAUCAAGAAGAAGAAGAUGGAUUCAUCCAUCAAGACGCUGGUAACUCUGUCAUUGCCACUACCGGGCCGAAGUCGAUCGGCUCGAGAAGGCCGCCGCGGCCGAAGAAGCGGAAGUUGCGCGCAAGCGCACCAAGGCCAAAGAGCUCCUCAGAGCCAACAAGGAGAAGGAGGAGGAGAAGGAGAAAAGGAGAAGAAGAACAAGGAGGAUAAGGAGGGCAAGGAGGGCAAGGGCAAGACUUGUGCCUUGGUUAUGAGAUCCAAGGAAAACGAAAUGGAUAUGGAGUAG